CCGUAUAAAUUUAUUAACCUAAUUUUUUUUUUGAACGAUAACCCCCAAAAAACUUCAUAACCACCUAAAUUCUACUCCACACCUGUUCAUCCCAUUUAUUAACAUCUUGUUUAUUCCAAUCGAGCAGGAAAUUGCUACCAAUUCUUGUUGCCGCGAUUUCAAAAGGCGAGGCUUAACGUGAUGCCUAGGAAUGCCAUGCUUUCAAAUGUUAACUGCAGAAUUCAGGGUGCAUUGGAACUCAGUCUGCCCAGUGAGGAGUUUGUUUCAAAAUUGCUCAAAAGAAAAUGGGCACUAAGAAGCCCCACCUCCAAAGUUCACCAAAUAUUGAUAUCAAAUCACUGUACAGAGCAGCGAGAUGUGUUUGACAGUGCUUCGUUUGUCAUUGAUCAACGACCUUCUUUGGGCACAAUUUCAGUCGAUGUAAACCACUAUCAGGCAUCCUUUUAUGUGGUGAGGGAUGAUUUGUUACAUCCCAUGGUGAAUGGUAACAAGGCAAGGAAGUUGGAUGCAUUGCUCCCUCUCCUAGUGGAUAACUCAGUAACUGAUGUGGUUACAUGUGGAGGUUGUCAAAGUGCACAUGCAGCUGCUGUUGCUGUUUCAUGUGCUGAGAGGGGACUGAAGUCGCAUUUACUUCUUCGUGGUGAAGAGCCAGAAACUCUUACUGGCUACAAUUUAAUUUCCACAAUGUAUGGCAAUGUUAAAUAUGUCCCUAGAUCAUUGUAUGCCAGAAGAGAAGAAAUGCUCGCGUUACAUGCCAAUAAGACGGCUGGCGAUGAAGGACUAAUAGUCUCGCUUGGUGAAAUUCUGGAGGCUUCAUUGUCUGACCAAGGAUUUGGCGAACAAUCUUUCCAACCGACAGCUCAUAUACGUGCAGAAAGUGAAAAGAAGGUGGUGAUUGUUAAUGAAGGUGCUGGGGAUGCUGUAGGGUUAUUAGGUGUAAUGCGCCUUGUGGACUACUUGUCUUGGGAACAUUUAUUUGGAAGAAAUCAAUCACUAAGAAUUAUUGUGGAUGCUGGCACAGGAACUACUGCCAUUGGUUUAGGACUUGGAGUUGUUCUACUAGGGCUCCCUUGGGAAGUAACUGCAGUGAUGCUGGCUGACACUAUUGAGGGAUAUAGAAAAAAGGAGGAAAGUCUAAUAUCAGAAUUUUGUUUGACUUUUAAUUUUCCUAAUCCUGACCAAUUCUUAAGAAAAGGACGUGAUGGAAUCGUUCACUGGGUAGAACGUCUCGCUCCAAGAAAGUAAUUUGUACUGCCCUUUAUUGCCUUGUUUCUAUUAAAUCCUUUCCAGGAAAAGUACUUGCAUGAUUUUUGCUAGUCAGUGUUGGACAGAUUUGGCAAUGUGUUGAGAGGUGAAGUGAAGAAAUGCCAAAUUAUUGCUCAGGAAACAGGUAUUCUGGUUGAUCCUGUAUACACCCUAGCUGCCUGGGAAUCUGCUAUGCAAUUUAGUCGGGAUGAAAGUUCAAAGGCAGCUGUGAUGCUUCACACCGGAGGAACACUUGGUAUGUUUGGAUUAGCUCAGAGGUACAGAUCCUACUUUCAAACGUUGAAAGAGUGAAUCUGUGAAUGAAUCUAUCUGUCCCACUGAUAAUGACAUUGAAGAAGUUGCUCUGUCAUUAAUCUGCAUUUCUGCGGGGAAACCUCCACCAGUUAUGCUCUUUUGGUGGCUUUCUUAUGAUCAUUAUAUAGACAAACAGGAGCUGCUAUAAGCUUUGAUGAGGGAUGACUGUAAUUUAUCAACAAAUGUUAUCUACAAAAGCUACAGCCCACUUGGGAUUAUGUUGUCAGAACCCGACUAGGAAUUGGACUAGCAGAGUGACCCGGUAAGGUUAACUCAGCCAAGGGAUGCCAAUUGACCAAAAAAGAAAAAUGACUUGCUCUUUUUUAUUUUUCAUUUUUUUUCAUUUUUUUUAAUUAUAUGAUGAUCCAUUUUCAUUUUUUGCAACCUUUCCCAUAAAAUAGAAAAGUAGGAUACCUUUUUGUUGUUUCACCCAACCAUUUACAUAAUUAUGUAAAUCUACUAAUAAAAUAAUGUUAAUGGAAUUUGGUUUAUGUGUAAAUUAUCAAACAAAUCGGCAGCUAGUACAUGAUG